ACAAAUAUAGUCGGACUGAAAAGAGAGUUCCUUAGAUGCUCUUCAUGUGUUCUUGUGCGCUUGCGCAGUAGUAAAAAACAUGGUAGAAGGGGUAGAAAAUCAGUAGUGGGGAGUCCGAAAGCAUUGAAGCAACUGAGGAACUCUUUUCUCAGUUCGACAAUACUGUGUUUUAAGGAAUAGAACAUCCUAGAACAUUCUUUGCACUAUUUAAAGUAUUGUUAGACGCAAAAAUUAAACAGUAAUUGAAAUAUCUUGUAUCAAGAGAUUUACAUAAACAUAACCUCAAUUUUUUUUUAACUCCAAAACAUUCAAAAAACAAGUUUACAUAAACAUGUCAAACGAACGAGGUCUUUUACUCUGUUAUAAUCGUGGCUGUGGUAAAGAAUUUGAUCCUGAUAACAAUGAACCUGAUGCCUGUGUUCAUCAUCCCGGAGCUCCAAUUUUUCAUGAUGCUUAUAAAGGAUGGUCAUGUUGUAAUAAAAAGUGUACAGAUUUUACUGAAUUUCUUAAUAUAAAAGGAUGUACCAAAUCUUAUCACACUAAUCAAAAGCCAGUAGAACCUGAAAAACCACCAGUGGAUAAAUCUAAAGUUGACGAAGUAAUAGAAUAUCGUGCUCCUGUUCACAAUGUACCUGCUAUGAAAAGACCACCUUUUGAAACACCUCAAAUCAUUAUGACACCAGUUGUAUCUUCAACUCUUUUAGAACAAAUCAAAGGACUUAUUGCAAAUGAACCAUCGACAGAAGAUAAAUCAAUUGUUAAAAUAGGUGAAAGUUGUAAAAAUAAACCAUGUAAGGCUAGUUAUCAAGGACCACAGUCUGAUUCCGAGACUUGUACUUAUCAUCCUGGAGUUCCAAUAUUCCACGAAGGGCUUAAGUUUUGGUCGUGUUGUCAGAAGAAGACUACAGACUUUGGAGUAUUUCUUGACCAACCAGGAUGUACACAAGGAACUCAUUUAUGGCUUGUAAAGAAUCAAGGGAAGAAAAUUGAAUGUCGAAUGGAUUGGCAUCAAACUGGGUCAUUUGUUGUUGUGUCUAUUUAUGCCAAAAAAUACAAUCCAAAUAAAUCGUCAGUAAAAUUAAAUCCCAUUCGAUUAACAGUUGAUCUCUUUUUCCCUGAAGAAGAUUCUUCAUAUUUAAUGGAUGUUGAAUUAAGAGGAAUUAUUGACGUAGAUAAAAGUUCAGUGAAUAUGUUGCCAACAAAAGUAGAAAUUAAAUUAAGAAAAGCAGAGCUGGGCUCAUGGUCAAAGCUAGAUUUUCCAGGGGAAGUAACUGCCAAUACCAAAAACGCACAAGAAAAGGAUGACAAGGAUGCUGUUGCUGACCGCAUUGAUGCUGUUGACUUGAAUGAUUUGUAAAAAUCAUGAAACAUUGUUAAUUUACUCAUUUUUUAAAUAAGUAUU